UCUAAGUGACUGUGCGCAUACAAUGUAUCGGUAUUCGCUCCAGCCCUGGUCAUGAGUCACUUCAUGUAGAAUAUUUCAGUUUUAUUUUUAGUUUAUAAAACGCUGCAUGCGAUUUGAAAUUCUAUAAAUUUAAGUAAUUUAUUUCAUCGAAUUAUAAUCAAUAAAAAUGCAGGACCCAAACGAAGAUACCGAGUGGAAUGAUGUGCUCCGUGCCAAGGGAAUCAUUGGGCCCAAGGCAAAGGAGGCGGAGAUCACGGAGGAUCAGAUUCAGAAGCUGAUGGACGAUGCCAUCCAGCGGCGCACAGAUCUUCCACUGAAUGAAGGGCAGCGGGACAAGAAGAUCGAUGACAUGUCGCUGGACGAACUCGACGAACUGGAGGACUCCGAGGACGAGGCUGUUCUAGAGCAGUAUCGCCAGCGACGCAUCGCCGAAAUGAGAGCCACCGCCGAAAAGGCGCGAUUUGGAUCUGUCCGCGAGAUCUCCGGGCAGGAUUAUGUGAACGAGGUGACCAAGGCCGGCGAGGGUAUUUGGGUGGUCCUCCACCUGUAUGCCAACGGAGUACCGCUGUGCGCACUCAUCCACCAUCACAUGCAGCAGCUGGCCGUCCGCUUUCCGCAAACCAAAUUCGUACGCUCCAUCGCCACCACCUGCAUACCGAACUUCCCCGAAAAGAACCUGCCCACCAUCUUUAUCUACCACGAGGGAUCGCUGCGCAAGCAGUACAUUGGUCCACUGGAGCUGCGUGGCGACAAACUGACCGCUGAGGAACUGGAGUUCAUGCUGGGCCAGGCAGGCGCAGUUCCCACCGCGAUCACGGAGGAUCCACGGCCGCAGAUCAGGGACAAAAUGCUCGCCGAUCUGGAGGACAAAAGUUCGGACUUUUACUGAGUCAUAGCCCAA